AUGGAUGACGAGAGAAGCCACUUGUUGUUUGUGUCGCCGCGUGGCGAGGAACACAAAUUUGAGCAUCCGGGUGGCAUCCCCGAUGUCCUGGAUGAGAGCGGCCGUCAGCUGUAUAUGGAUUCAUUUAUCCUUUUCGCGUUGCCAAUCGAUCUCGACACUGUCAGAAGAUUGCGACUGAGAUCCCUGACAGAAAUUUUAAUACACUAUACGCGAUCGAGGCGUCACUGGGUAGCGUCUGACGUACUGGGCGUCCAGGUUGACAAAUUGAUGUGGUUCAUCACCGAAAACACGCCGAAAGAUCAGUCUAUACCGUCCUUCCCCUGGGAGUUGCCGGACAUGUCUUGCUCAAAGGCACCGUCGUUUGUCUACGACUCAUGGAGGAAGAAAAUGGGUCUGCCGUGCAGAUAUCCGGAGGAAUUGGAUGAGGCCUCUACUGAUCUGAAGCUAUUGAAUGUCCGCAGAGCGUCUACAAUUGCCAAUGUGAAGGCGCUCUUGGAAGAACAGCACCUGUGGCAGUGGCACAACACCCGUGCGACGAUUCCAACAGCACCGGACCAAGAUGACCAGUCAGGGGGUAGCGAUUAA